AUGUUUCAGGGUGUCAAAAUCCAUGCCAGCUGCAGACAAUCUCUGAUGCCAAAACUUGAGACUCUAUUCCGUGUUGGUGAAUGGAUAGUUGUUACUAACUUUGCAUUAGUUAUAGCUUUUGGUUUAUACAGGACGACCAGCCACGUCUACAAGAUGGUUUUCAGAAAUGAAACUACAAUAACUGAUUCAAGUCUACACUGUGACAACAUGUUCCUAGAUCUCUAUGAUUUUGAGAACAUGUUAAACGGUUCCCAUGACACAAGAUUUCUUAUUGAUGUUAUGGGUGAAGUCUUAGAUCUUGGUGUGCUUAAAAAUGUUCAAAAUGCAAGAAACGAAGUAAACAAAGUGGAGUUUACUCUUAGAGAUAUCAAGGAUAAUCGUAUCCAUUGUUGCAUUAUGGGAAGAUCAGCUCAUAUUUUGGCCGAUGAUGCCCAUAAACUAAACAAUGGAGAUAUCUGUUUAAUCAGAUUUGCUAAACUUCAAAACCUAUAUGGAAAAAUUCAAGUAUCAAAUGCUUUUGAUUGCUCAUUGGUUUUGCUAAACCCAUCUAUAGAGGAAGCACGAGCACUGAAUAGAAGGGUGAACACUGCAGUCAUUUGUACUAUUUAUGCUAUUGAUACAAUGAGUGGAUGUGUUCUGAAGGUUUCAUCAAGAUUCAAGUUGAAUUUGCUUGUGCAAGAUCUCACUGGUGAAUCGAAAUUCAGUCUGUUAGAUUCUGAAGCUACUUACAUUGUAAAAUCUUCUGCAGCUAAAGUCCUAAAUGGUUGUUUGGAUGAGAAUGAAAUGAAAGAUAUCUUGCCAUCUGCAAUCGUGGACAUUGUUGGCAAAACUUAUGGUUUUGGGAUUUCGGUUGAUGAUAAUAACGGUUCUCUUGGAACUCAGUUCAAUACCAUAAAAGUUUGGAAUCUUAAUGAUAUAAUGUGGAAGAGAAUCAAGUCACUUCAUCAGAUGUCGACCAGUUCAAGGAAGAAGUGA